AUGCUCCCAAAACAACCACAUUGCUGCCAGAACAACCACAGCUGUUCCCACAACAACCACAACUGCUCCCAUAUCAACAACAGCUGCUCUCCCAACAACCACAGCCUCUCCAACAACAAACACAGCGGCUGCCACAACAACCACAGCUACUCCCACAACAACCACAACUGCUCCACCAACAACCACAGAAUCUACCACAACAACCACACAACAACCACAGCUGAUCCCACAACAACCACAGCUGCUCUCACAACAACCACAGCUGCUCCCACAACAACCACAUCUGCUCCCACAACAACCAUACAAGCUCCAACGACAACUACAAUUGAGGCUACAACAACCAAAGAUAAUCCAACAACAACCACAACUGCUCCCACAUCAACCACACCUUCUCCAACAUCAACCACAGCUGCUCCCACAACAACCACAUCCUUCCCCACAACACCCACAUCUGCUCCCACAACAACCACAGCUGCUCUCACAACAACCACAGCUGCUCCCACAACAACCACAUCUGCUCCCACAACAACCAUACAAGCUCCAACGACAACUACAAUUGAGGCUACAACAACCAAAGAUAAUCCAACAACAACCACAACUGCUCCCACAUCAACCACACCUUCUCCAACAUCAACCACAGCUGCUCCCACAACAACCACAUCCUUCCCCACAACACCCACAUCUGCUCCCACAGCAACCACAGCUGCUUCAACAGCAACCACAGAAUCUUCCACAACAACUACAGCUGCUCCCACAACAACUACAGCUUCUCCCACAACAAACACACCGGCUCCCGAAACAACCAUAGAUGCUCCCAAAACAACCACAGCUGCUCCCACAACAUCAACAGCUGAUCGCACAACAACCACAGCUGUUCCCUCAACAACUACAGCUUCUCCAAAAACAACCACAACUGCUCCAACAACAACCACAGCUGCUCCCACAACAACCACAGCUGCUCCCACAACAACCACAGCUGCUCCCACAACAACCACAGCUUCUCCCACAACAAACACACCUGCUCCCGAAACAACCACAGAUGCUCCAACAACAACCACAGCUGCUCCCACAACAACCGCAGCUGCUCCCACAACAAUCACAUCUUAUCCCAUAUCAACAACAGCUGCUCUCCCAACAACCACAGUUGCUCCCACAACAAACACAGCGGCUCCCACAACAACAACGGCUACUCCCACAACAACCACAGCUGCUACAACAACAACCACAGAAUCUACCACAACAACCACAACUGCUCCAACAACAACCACAGCUGCUCCCACCACAACCACAGCUGCUCCCACCACAACCACAGCUGAUCCCACAACAACCACAGCUGCUCUCACAACAACCACAGCUGCUCUCACAACAACCACAGCUGCUCCCACAACAACCACAGCUGCUCCCACAACAACCACAGCUGCUCCCACAACAACCACAGCUGCUCUCACAACAACCACAGCUGCUCCCACAACAACCACAUCUGCUCCCACAACAACCAUACAAUCUCCAACGACAACUACAAUUGAGGCUACAACAACCACAGAUAAUCCAACAACAACCACAACUGCUCCCACAUCAACCACACCUUCUCCAACAUCAACCACAGCUGCUCCCACAACAACCACAACACCCACAUCUGCUCCCACAGCAACCACAGCUGCUUCAACAGCAACCACAGAAUCUUCCACAACAAAUACAGCUGCUCCCCCAACAACCACAGCUUCUCCCACAACAACCACACCGGCUCCCGAAACAACCAUAGAUGCUCCCAAAACAACCACAGCUGCUCCCACAACAAUCCCAGCUGCUCCCACAACAUCAACAGCUGAUCGCACAACAACCACAGCUGUUCUCACAACAACCACAGCUGCUUCAACAGCAACCACAGAAUCUUCCACAACAACUAUAGCUGCUCCCCCAACAACCACAGCCUUCUCCCACAACGACCAUAGCUUCUCCCACAACGACCAUAAAAGCUCCAACGACAACUACAAUUGGGGCUACAACAACCACAGAUACUCCAACAACAACCACAACGACUCCCACAUCAACCACACCUCCAACAACAACCACAGCUUCUCCCACAACAACCACAUCCUUCCCCACAACACCCACAUCUGCUCCCACAACAACCACAGCUGCUUCAACAGCAACCACAGAAUCUUCCACAACAACUACAGCUGCUCCCCCAAAAACCACAGCUUAUCCCACAACAACAACAGAUGCUCCCAAAGCAACCACAGCUGCUCCCACAACAAUCCCAGCUGCUCCCACAACAUCCACAGCUGCUCCUUCUCCCACAACAACCAUACAAGUUCCAACGACAACUACAAUUGGGGCUACAACAGCCACAGAUGCUCCCACAACAACCACAACUGCUCCCACAUCAACCACACCUUCUCCAACAACAGCCACAACUGCUCGCACAACAACCACAUCCUUCCCCACAACACCCACAUCUGCUCCCACAACAACCACAGCAGCUCCAAAGACAACUACAACUGA